CGUGACGCCAGGCGCGAGCCGUGGGCUGCACGGGGACCUUGUUAGUCCUGUUACUUUCUCAGGAAUGGACCCGCUGGUCGCAACCAGCAGCAUGAUUCUGCUGGUGGUCUUGAUGCUGUCUGCGGAGGCCGCGAGCAGAGCCGUGACUAGCACCGAGGAUCCAGAGACGCCCUCGGUGCCUGCACCAAUGAAUGUUCUGAUUACGUCUUAUAACUUGAACCCUGUCCUGUGCUGGAAAUACCAGGGUAUGCCACAGACUCCCACUUUUACUGCGCAGAUAAAAAACUAUGGGGAAGGAUGGAUUGACUCCUGCACCAACGUUUCGGGUCAUUGUUGUAAUAUCUACGAACAAAUUAAAGACCCAGAAGCAUCUGUUUGGGCCAGAGUUAAAGCCAAUCUUGGGCAGAAAGAAUCUGCCUAUGCAGAGUCAGAAGAGUUUGUUUUGUGCCGACAUGGAAAAGUUGGAGCACCGGCCCUGGACAUCAGCGUGAAGGGAGACCAGCUCAUGGUCAAUGUGCUCCACCCUGCGGUGGUUAUAAAUGGAGAGAAGUAUGGGGUCAUGUAUGGGGAUGAAAGCGCCUGCCAUACGUUCUCCUACACCCUAUAUGUGCGAAAAUUUAUAAAUGGGGAGGUCCUGUAUACAAAUCAUCAAAUCAAUAUGGACGAUUGCGGUGAAGAUGGGUGCCAGUUCAACAUGUCAGUGUCCGCACUGGAUUCCAGAUACUGUGUUUCCGUAAACGGACACUCAGAAUACUGGGACAUUAUGACAGAUAAAUCAGAGGACGUCUGUGUUUCCCUUGUCCAUAACAGCAGAAAGGAUUCGAUUUGGAUUCUGGUUGUUGCUCCUCUAACCCUCUUUGUAAUUGUUAUCCUGGUAUUUGCAUAUUGGCAGAUGAAGAAGAAUCCAUGUAAAAGAAAAAGCAUAACGCUACCUAAGUCCUUGCUCUCUGUUGUAAAAAAUGCCACCUCAGAGACAAAACCUGAAUCCAAGUAUACCUCACUUGUCACAUCGUGCCAGUCAACUGUGCUGGAGAAUGAGACCGUGGUCUGUGAAGAGCGCCUGUCCACGGUGGCCCUUCCAGGAGACCCAGGAACAACAGAACACGAAAAACUUUCUAGCGAAGCCGAGCCUAUGAUCCCCGAAGGAAGCACUGCUGUGGCCCCCGACAGCCCUCCAACGCCAAUACAGAGAGGCAGUUCUUCCCUUUUGAGUAGUAACCAGUCAGAGCCCUGUAGCCUCACGCCCUACCACUCCAGAAGCGGCUCCGACAGUGGCCUCGUGGGAUCCGGCAGCUCCAUAGCCGACUCCGAAUUUCUCCUGCACAGUAACCCGGAAACAAAGACACCAGAACAAGAGCCCGAGCCGGUGAGGAAGGCCCCCACCUCCUUUGGUUAUGAUAAACCGCACGUGCUCGUGGAUGUUCUCGUGGAUGGCGGCGAUGGGAAGGAGUCUUUGAUUGGGUAUAGACUCCCAACAGAUGCCAAGGAGCCAUCCUGAGACCACCUGAGUCCAGCCGACGGCGAAGGAUCGGAUUUUCCUCGGUGGUUUUUCUGCUUUGAUUUCGUGAAAAGGAGUUGUAC